CUGCCAGGCUCAGCACGGCGUAUAUGCAGACAAGUGAACGGCGAGCCUUGCUACCUCACUGGAAGAGAGACUUGUAUUUUCAUCAUUUUUACUGUCAGCCAUGGCUCGUAUGAAUAGACCUGCCCCUGUGGAGAUCACCUAUAAGAACAUGCGGUUCCUCAUCACCCACAAUCCUACCAAUGCCACUCUGAACAAAUUCAUAGAGGAACUGAAGAAGUAUGGUGUAACAACUGUUGUUAGAGUGUGCGAAGCAACAUAUGAUGCCAACUUGGUGGUCAAAGAGGGCAUUCAAGUUUUUGACUGGCCAUUUGAUGAUGGAGCUCCUCCUUCUAACCAGAUUGUUGAUGACUGGUUGAACUUGCUGAGGAUUAGGUUUAGAGAGGAUCCUGGUUGUUGCGUAGCUGUACACUGUGUAGCUGGCCUUGGAAGAGCUCCAGUCCUGGUUGCUCUUGCCAUGAUUGAGUGUGGAAUGAAGUAUGAGGAUGCUGUUCAGUUUAUUCGACAGAAGCGUCGGGGAGCAUUUAACAGCAAGCAGCUCUUAUAUCUGGAGAAAUAUCGUCCAAAGAUGCGUCUUCGAUUCAAAGACUCAAACGGCCACCGUAACAACUGCUGCAUCCAGUAGAAAAUGCGCAGCAACACUGCAGUAAUGUGGACAGUUAGGUCUUUUAAUUGGUGAACCUGUAAAAAAAAAAAAACUGCUAAAGAUAUAAAAUGAAAUUAGUUGUUAGUUCCCCUGCUCUUCUUGAUUUGAUGUUUUGUCCUCUUCCAGCGAGGUCGAGUUUAGAGGUUUGCACAUUUAUUUGCACCUCUCAUUUCUGCCAUUGGCUUGUGAACAUAUUUAUAGCAAGUUUUUACGAGUACCCUCUGCCAAACAUCAAAAUGGUAUCGUUUAACUGUCAUUUAGCUUUUGAAGGUCCUAAAAUGCCUUAUUAUUGAAAUGAAGAGGCCAUUCUGUGUGGUGAAAUCAAUUGCUUUAGGAAAAGCUUAUGAAUUAAUGAAAGGAAGGUCAACAAUACUAAUAAUAAAAAAAACUGAAUGCAUAAUGGUUAUAUUGCUUAUAAUGUAUAAUAGAUGUAUUGGGAAGUGCAUAUGAAAGGUGUGGGAUCUAGUUUGUGUUGUUUAUUCAGACAUUGUUUACUAAAUACUGCCAUGUCAAUAGUGUGAUGUCGAUGUUUUGGCUUCAAACUGGACCUCUGAUAUUUUGUAUGCCUUUUUAUUUGAUGUGCGUAACUUAAUACUUGAUUUCUGUACGGUAUUUGAAACGUGUACUGUUAGAUUGGCUAUUUAUACUAUCACUGGGUAUGUGUUUUAGUAUAGUGAGAGGUGUAACUGUCCACUGAAUUAAGAGAAUAAAGAACUUAGGAGCGCA